AUGAAGCACCACCUGAUGGUCGGGACGUGGACCGCCCCCGGGCGCAUCUACACCGUCCAAUUUGAUGAUGAAGCUCUCACCUUGGAUCUCGUCAAGAAAACAGAUAUUCCAGAGGCCGAGCCCAUCUCAUGGAUGACCUUUUCCCACGACAAGAAGGCCAUCUAUGGUGCUGCCAUGAAGAAGUGGAACAGUUUCGCCGUCAACAGCCCAACUGAAAUUGUUCACCAAGCUUCCCACCCUGUCGCCGGUCACCCUCUCGCUGCUAACGCCGACACCAACACCCGCGCCAUCUUCGUUCUGGCCGCCCACCAACCCCCCUACAACGUCUACGGCAAUCCAUUCUACAACCACGCUGGUUAUGGUAACGUCUUCUCGGUCACCAAGGACGGCCAGCUCGAUCAAAAUGUGCAAAACUACGAAUAUGAUCCCAAAACGGGCAUCCACGGCAUGGUCUUUGACCCCACGGAGACCUACCUUUACUCCGCCGAUCUCUCGGCCAACAAAAUCUGGACGCACAAGAAGGAUGCCGAGACCGGUCAAUUGACUCUGCUCGACUGCCAGGAGGCUCCUCACCCAGGCGACCACCCCCGCUGGGUGGAGAUGCACCACACUGGCAAGUAUCUGUAUGCGCUGAUGGAGGCGGGCAACCGUCUGGCCGUCUACGUGAUUGACGAGCGCACUCACAAGCCCGUCUUUACUCACAUUACCUACCCACUACUUCCAUCCGGCCUGCCACCUCGGAAUAAGUAUCGUGGCGACGUGACUUUCACGACCCAGAGUGGCGAGUACCUGUUCGCGACAACUCGAUCCAAUCAUUUCGAUGUGACUGGCUAUAUCACCGCGUUUAAGCUGGGUCCCUCUGGUGAGAUUGAGCGCCAGCUCUUCAUUAACCCCACUUCGACCAGCGGUGGCCACUCCAACGCGGUCAGCCCGUGUGAUUUCAGUGAUGAGUGGGUAGCCCUGUGCGAUGAUCAGCUUGGAUUUGUAGAGAUGUACCGCUGGCGCGAUGAGAAGCUGGCUCGAGUGGCGCGGGUCGACAUUCCCGAGCAGGGCUUUGGUAUGAAUGCGAUCUGGUAUGAUUAA